UCGCACAGUCCGCCAGUUUCGCGACGCGGCUCCGUCACAUAUUAGAUAGUUAUUUUCCAACUGUCAUCAUGUUGAUAGGACUCGUUCGUGACUCGGUGAUGCAGUGCUUCUGCCACACGUGCAGAGCGCCCGUACUUCCAGCAGGUUGGCCAAGCAGCCGCUUCAGGGAAACAGCUACCGCUCAUCGACGCUCGGUGCCGGUGAAGAAGCCGAUCGGGAAACCGAGGACAAAGCAACCCAAGAAAGUUAAAUUCAUAACCACUGAAAUUCGCUGCCAAGAGAUGUCCAAGGGUGGACUGGCGUACGAGGUGAUUCUAGCGGAGCCGGUUGGUGUACCGGUGCCGCGGCGGGCCGAUUCUCCUGAGAAGACCCCGUCCGUUGAGGAGAUUCAGGAGAAACUCAAAGCGGCUGAAGAGCGGAGACGUAGUUUGGAAGCAAGCAAGAUGGCGGCUAUUGCGCAGAAGAUGGCAAAGAUAGAAGAGGCGUCGAGAAUCCGUAGCGAACAAACAAAUAACUUCAUAUCGACGACGAAGGAGGCACUCGACGCCAAGAUGGAGACCCACGAGGAGAAGCGCGAGGCGUACAUCAACGAGCUGCGCGCGAGGCUGAAGGACCACCUCGAGGGCGUGGAGAAGACCAGGCUGACCCUGGAGCAGCAGACCGCUGAAGUAUACAAAGCGAUCGAAGACAAGCUGAGCACCGCCGCCGACAAGCGUGAUGAGAACAUUAAGAAGAUGCUGGAUCGCCUCCGAGAACACGAGGAGCAAGUGCGCAAGGUGCGAAAUGGAAACCAGGAGCGUUUCCAACAGCUGGAGAGUGCUAUCCAGGACAAGCUGCAGAAUGCUGCUGAGCGGCGCCUGCAGAUCGAGGCGGAGCAGAAGGAGAAGUUACGCAACCACAAUAACAAGUUGGUGGAGGUGCGAUCCGUGAUGACGGCCAAGGUCGAGGAGAUCACCAAGGACAUUGAGAGCAAGCUGACGGCCGCCGAGCUCAACAGAGAGAAGGAGAUUCAGAGGAAACUUGACUUUGUUAAGAAGGAGGAGCGGCGUGCGGAACUUGUGCGACAGAACAAGACCGCGCGUGCCGAGAACGACCCCCCAUCCACCGAUUAGACGCGCUCGCACACACUGCACCGCGGUAACACUCGCUUUGUAAUGUCGCUACCUAACCGCUCCUGCUGACUGAAAUUGACAAGUGCGAUGUCAAAGAUCAACAAUAAUAAUAUGCUUAUGAAGAUAUUUUUACUUAUUAUAAAAUAUUUGAGGUAGAUUAAAUGUUUCACUCGUCAUCGGCCCUGAUGGCUAACAACUAUUGUUAUAACACUAUUACCGUUGGUCUACCGUGAUUGAUUUCUUAAAUGAUGAUGACGUUUCAAAUCUUUGCAGCUGAGUCGGAAAGACACUGAGUCUCAAUAUUUGAAAUAAAACAACUGAAAAGAGUAAAUCACUAAAAAAAAAUUUCGCUCAAUCCCAUUCUAAUUGUUCAUUUUCAUUUAUAUCUGGGUAUUAUUUAUUAAAAUUAUAGAUGUCUUGAAUGAUGACUUGACGUAUGUCUGUUCAUUUAUCGAACAUAACAUCAGUAUCGCGGUAGUACUAACGGUAAAAGAUAUUUGGCUAUAAGAGAUGUGAACUGUAGUAAAUAUUUAGUGGCACCACAGUGUGUGCGGCCACAUGAUCAAAAACAACUAAAAUUCCCUCAAAUAUAAAUAUUUCUCUUAGAUCUAUUAUAAUAGUCAAUGGUUUUAAGAUCAUUUCAUCAUGUCACGAGUCGCUGACACAGAGGCCUAUCAUUAUAAAAUAGAUGUGUCGUGAUAUAUUCCAACGGAUACUUUUAGGGUCGAAAUUCCAAUAACGGUCCUCUCGUAGAGGUGGAGUGAAUAGAACCCGUUGCUUAGCGGUGGAGUCUUGAUAACUUAGAUAAUAUACUUAUAUCAUUAUGUUUAAUUGUACGCAGCAGUAUUUCUAGGAUGAUAAUGUUAAAUUAAGUUUUUAUAAACAGUCACUCGAUGUUGGAUAUAAUUUGUAUAGUAUUUGAUAUUGGAAAGGUAAAUGCGACGGCUUAGGAACGCUUCGCCCGGUUUAAAAUUUUGUGUGCUUUUUUUGUUCGCACCACGAGAGUAAAGUCGUGAUUUCUAUACUUAAAUAAUGAACAUUGGUCAUUUAAACAAGUGAUUCUCAGAUUUAUUUCAAUAAAUAGUCAUAUUUAUCAACAACUGAAUAUUUGUCAUACUUAUACAAUUUUAGUUAUAUCUUUUAAUAUUAGUGCAUUUAUUAAUAUACUUUAUUUCAGAAUAAGUAAAUGUAAGCGUUGUGAUCUCAAAAAAAUUGCACAAUUGACAUUGAUAUUUUUAAUAUUGGACUGAUAUAGGUGACACAACCCUAUUAUUUUAGUAAGGGAUUGGAAUGCAGUAGAUUGUAUGAAGUAAUUAUACAAUAUUUUAUGAUAAAAGUCGUUUGAUGGUCAACAUCUUGCUAGAGCUAUAUUUAAUGUGUUUUAUUAAUGAUGUCAAUGUUUGUAAUGUAUUACGCAACUUGCCUUUAAAACAUUUUAUAUUUUUUUAUUCGUGACCAAACGCCGGGACGGUCUGUGUGGAGAAGACAUGUCUGCGCUACAAGAAUCAUCUCCAUGCGGGAUGUAUUCAAUGAUAGCGUUAUGUGAAAUUGUUAUAGUAUAUUUUUGCCAUUGGUUUAUGUCGUAAGGUGUGACUAUGUUUGGGUGUAUGGGCUGGCAUAUUGUUUGGUAGUUAAAAACAUUUGACAAGUACUAUCGAUUCCAGUGCCUCGAGUGUGGAAAAUGGAGUUUCACUUUACACAAAAGUAAAACGAAUCGUCGAACUCACGCGGUAUUUUGAUCAAAUCAUCGAUAAGUCCUGCACUAAAGUGGCGGGAAUAUCGACAAAUAAACGCACAUUUUGUAUUUGGAAAACUUAGACGAGUUUGAUACCUUUUAAUGGUUGUUUGGCAGUUCGGUCCCACUCGCGUACAUAGUCACGCCUGCCGAUGUUGUAUAUAAUAUGAGAUGAGGUGUGUGGCUUGCGAGCCGGGGUUGCAGGGGACCGGCGCGAUCGCGGGGAGGGGGGGGGGGGGGCUUACUGCUUUAACUGAGUCACAGAGCGCGCUGCACACUGUGUAUCAACUAUACAACUACAGCUUUUUAUAUUAUCAUAGUUCUAAAAAAUCUUAUAACAAAAGGUUAUGAUAGAAAGUUUGCUUUUUGAUGAAAAGGGUUCUGUGUGCAGAGCGCUUUGCGCGACCAGUGAGGUUAGUUGAUAAGUAGCUUUUCGGUGAAGAGAUAAGAAUCUGACCAAUUUGCCUUGAAUAUUGUGUAGCGUUUUAGUCUGGAUCGAGAUGAAUCAUGUAUCGCGGUAUCGCUUUCUAAUGUAUCCAUAAUAAUGUUUACACGUCGAUGUAGCUGCUGCUUAGACGGAGCGUCUCACCUUAUAAAGCAGCGUACACAAAUUAUUGGACACCGUGCGAAGACGUAGACGCGGCCAUACGUAGUCACAGUGGAUAGUCAAGUUGUUUGACGAUUCUGUUUGAAUGUUAAAUGGAGGCACAGGCGUUAUUUGUUAGUAUGGACGUAUUACCCCCACCUAUGAAUUUAAUCUUGUUGUCUAGAAACAAGCGUGAAAUAUCUGCUUGAAAACCAGCUCUUACGAAAUGAUAUUAUAAUCCGUAGGGAUUUAUAAUGAAGUGAUUUAUUGAAAAUUCAUAGUGUAUCGGGGUGAUUCUAACGUGUUUAAAGUAAAACUCUGAUAAUAGUAAGUGUGAACGCUCCGUCUAUAUGCGUACGUCGUCAAUGUUUAUGUUUCGGUAACUUUAGUCAUUAAUAGUGUUAUAUGUUAUUUUUAUAUUUUAUGUGAUCAUUACGUGCUUCAGUCCGUGGUAUCGAAGUAAUGCUGAGGACGCAAGCAACUUUUGUAGUUUCAUUGUCGUAUUAAUAAACUCAUAAAUACUAA